UAACCCAGGCAAAUAGUAUUUGUGCCCGAGACUACAUCUACAAGAACGGGUUUUGCUACAAGGUUGUAACUACAGAAUUGCUCUCCUGGUCAGUAGCUGCAGAAGUCUGCAAGUCAGAUGGAGCUCAACUUGCCACGAUUGAUCUCUCGAACGAAGAAGAACAGAAUUUUUUGCAAUCCCAACUUAAGCGUUCUUACUUCACAGACUAUUGGAUUGGCCUACGUGAGCUCGAUAAAGACGGAAACUGGGUUUUUAGUGAUUCUUCUACCCUCUCUUCUGAUUUCAUGCUCUGGGGUGAAAAGCAACCAAAUGACCAUACUGAGCUCAGCUGUGCUCGAAUAUCAACAAGAUUUAAUCUCUAUAUUGGGGAUAUAACUUGUUCUUCCUUCUACCACGCCAUUUGUGAAAGGUCUGUAAAUAAUUCGCAAGAAUGUACAGACUGGUAUACUGUAGGGAAUCAUUUGUGUUAUACUUUUUGGGACGUAAAUAUGACGUAUGAAGCAGCAGCUCUGUCUUGUGGAAAAUAUGGGUCGAUGCUUGCAGUGAGAUCGUUCGUUAAGUGUGAGCAAAGUUCGUCUGAUUACUUCUUUUUGAAGGAAAUAUUAAUUUUUGAUUACGCCUUCUGUAUCAAGAUAUCACUUUACUUGUAG